AUGCGUGCUUCCGUUUACGCUCUGGCUGGCAGCGCUGCCUCAGCCAUGGCCGCUUCUCGUGGUUUCAACUACGGCUCUCAGGGCAACACCCUCGACACAUUCACUACUCAGUUCGAGUCUGCUCAGGCCAUUACCGACUACGCUUCUGCUCGUCUCUACACCAUGAUCCAGGAUGGCACUGCCAACACUGUCAUCUCUGCCAUCCCCGCUGCCAUCAAGACCAACACCACCCUUCUUCUUGGUCUCUGGGCUUCCGAGAACCAAGAGGCUUUCAACAACGAGCUUUCCGCUCUCAAGACCGCCAUCAGCCAGUUCGGCUCUCAGGGUCUUGCUGACUUGACUGUCGGUAUCUCUGUCGGCUCCGAGGACCUUUACCGUAUCUCCGAGACUGGUAUCAAGCAAAAGAGUGGUUACGGUCAGACUGCCGACGUUCUCGUCGACUACAUUGGUCAGGUUCGUGAGCUCGUCAAGGGCACUGCCCUUGCCAACGUCCCCAUCGGUCACGUUGACACCUGGAACGCUUUCACCAACACCUCCAACUCUGCCAUUCUCGGCGCUGUUGAUUUCCUUGGUCUUGAUGAGUACCCCUUCUACCAGGAUGGUGAGGGUAACUCCAUUGACAACGCAUCCGACCUCUUCUGGAAGGCUUACGACAAGGUUGAGGCUGUUGCUGGUGGCAAGCCUCUUUGGGUUACCGAGACCGGAUGGCCCGUCAAGGGUGAGGCUGAGGACGAGGCUGUCCCCAGCGUCGAGAACGCUGCCAAGUUCUGGCAGGAAAUUGCUUGCGAGCUUGAGGCCCGCUGCAUCAACUUCUGGUGGUACAUCUUGAACGAUGAUGGCGCUUCGCCUUCGUUCUCGGUUGCCAGCGGAAUUAACGGUGCCAACACCAAGUCCCUCUACGACCUCAAGUGCCCCAACGCCUCUGCUUGCGGUGCCAAGUCGCUGUCUUCAUCUUCGUCUUCUGCUUCCUCGUCUGCUGCUGCCUCCAAGACUGCUUCUGGUUCUGCUGCUGCUUCCAAGGUUGCCUCCGGAUCCGCUUCCACCACUGGUGUCGCUGGAGCCAUCAACGCCGAGAACGGAACUGUUUACGUCACUGAGGUCACCACUGCCUACACUACUUACUGUCCUGCUGGAGCCACCAUUCUUGCCUCUGGAAAGAAGACCGUCCUCACUGCCGCUACCUCUUUCUUGACCACCGAGAAGAUUUCCAAGACUAUCACCGCAUCUGCCGCUACCACCAUGAGCAACGCUGCUGGAGUUCCCACCGCUGUUGGCGCUGUCGUUCCUUCCGGCGCUGUUGUUCCCUCAGGCGCUGCUGCUCCUUCGGGCGCCGUCGCAUCCGCUUCCGGCGGUCUCAUCGGCCAAGCUUCUGGCACCACCCUCGCAUCCUCAUGGGCCGCCAACCAGACCCCUGGAGCUUCCGCCACCGGUACCGCCGCUCCCUACAAGGGUGCCGGUGCCAAGGUUGGCGGUUCCGUUGCUCUUGCCCUCGGUGCCGCUGCCGUCGCUCUCCUGUAA